AUGCUCCAGAUCACCAAGCACCCUCCACAUCACCAAGCACCCUCCACGUCACCAAGCACCCUCCACGUCACCAAGCACCCUCCACGUCACCAAGCACCCUCCACGUCACCAAGCACCCUCCACAUCACCAAGCACCCUCCACGUCACCAAGCACCCUCCACAUCACCAAGCACCCUCCACAUCACCAAGCACCCUCCACGUCACCAAGCACCCUCCACAUCACCAAGCACCCUCCACGUCACCAAGCACCCUCCACAUCACCAAGCACCCUCCACGUCACCAAGCACCCUCCACAUCACCAAGCACCCUCCACGUCACCAAGCACCCUCCACAUCACCAAGCACCCUCCACGUCACCAAGCACCCUCCACAUCACCAAGCACCCUCCACGUCACCAAGCACCCUCCACGUCACCAAGCACCCUCCACGUCACCAAGCACCCUCCACAUCACCAAGCACCCUCCACAUCACCAAGCACCCUCCACGUCACCAAGCACCCUCCACAUCACCAAGCACCCUCCACGUCACCAAGCACCCUCCACAUCACCAAGCACCCUCCACGUCACCAAGCACCCUCCACGUCACCAAGCACCCUCCACAUCACCAAGCACCCUCCACAUCACCAAGCACCCUCCACAUCACCAAGCACCCUCCACGUCACCAAGCACCCUCCACGUCACCAAGCACCCUCCACAUCACCAAGCACCCUCCACGUCACCAAGCACCCUCCACGUCACCAAGCACCCUCCACGUCACCAAGCACCCUCCACGUCACCAAGCACCCUCCACGUCACCAAGCACCCUCCACAUCACCAAGCACCCUCCACAUCACCAAGCACCCUCCACAUCACCAAGCACCCUCCACAUCACCAAGCACCCUUCACUUUCGUUGUCUCCUACAUAUCUUCAGUUUAAGUGA